AAUUAAUUAAUGGAAGAGUCUAAAUCAGGCUGGAAUGUUUCUCCUGAGCUGAUAGCAGCUAACAGUUCAACUAUUCGGAAUGUCAUUGCAUUAGGAGACUACAUCUUUUAUGGAAUAAAGAACACUAUACUUGUGUACGAUUAUAAACAAAACAAGGUACUUUAUUCAUUGAAUGGGCACACUGGCCGUGUUAAUAAUGUUUCUCUGCUAGAUACUAACGAGGGCUUGACAGCCCUCGUCUCUGUAGAUGCAGACAAGACCAUGAUUAUUUGGAAAACUAACGAUGUCGCAAGUAUGAAAUGGGAGAAGAAGGUUUAUAAAGAUGCUCAUACUGCAGAAAUAAAUAUAGUCACAUCUACCAGGUUUAAGGACACCCUGUACAUCACCUCUUUUUGCUUAGAUGGAGAAGUUAAGGUCUGGAAAAGUCAAGAUAUGGAUCUCCAAGAGGAUAUUAAGCUAGCUGGAAGAUUACACUUUGGCAAAAAUCUGCAAGAAGCAUUCAAAAUGUUUCCUGUUAAUGAUAGAUAUAUUAUGCUGCUCACUGGAGGUUUUGAUAAAAAUGUGCAUGUCUAUACUAUUGACACUCAAUCCGAGGAGGACGGAAAUAUACAGUAUCAUACUUCGCUUACUGGGCACUCUAAUUCUAUUAGAGAUUACUGUGUCACAGAGUCUUAUGAGAAUGACCUCAGAUAUAUUUUCAGUUGCUCACAAGACUGCCUUGUUAGAGUCUGGAAGAUUUGUAAGAUCAGUGAUGCAGAAGCUGAAGAGGAGCUUAAGAAACAAGAAGAGACUGAGUAUGCAGUUGAGCACUUAAAGACCAAGACUUCUUAUAUCCUCAGAUUUGGAGACAGCACUGUUUACAAUAUUACUCUUUCUUCUGUAUUACAACAUCACUCUAGCUCAGUGUCUUCAGUGAAGAUUUAUGAGGACAAAGAGAGAGGAGAAGCAGAUUUGUUGAAUAGAUUGACUCUUCUCACUGCUAGUUUUGAUUUCACAGUGUGUCUUUGGAGAAUUGAUAAGGAAGCUGGAGUUUGGAUGGUCCAGACAACUCUUGGAGAGAUGUCUGGGAACAAGCAUGCCUUCUUUGGAGCAGAAUUCCUUUCUCCUACAUCAAUAUUUGCCUUUACUUUUAAUGGAGCAUUCCAUAGAUGGGAUAAUGAGGACGAUGUUUGGUAUAAUAAGCCUUGUGUGACAGGCCAUUUUGAUGAAGUUCCUGAUCUUGAUUGGGAUACAAGCAGAGAAUACCUGGCAACAACUUCGAAGGAUCAGACGACUAGAAUAUUCUCUCACUGCAACAAAAUUGAUAGGUGGCAUGAGGUCUCAAGACCUCAAGUUCAUGGUUAUGACAUAAACUGUGUGAGCUUCUUAAAAUCUGUGCUGAGUAGGGAUAACAAAUCUGAGCAUAAAUUCCCAGAUCAUUUAGUGGCUGGAGCUGAUGAGAAAAUUUUGAGAGUGUUCAACUCGCCUUUCACAUUUGUUAAAUCGGCAAACAAGUACAAUCAGGAUGAUCUUAGAUUUGUAGAGGAUAUGACCAAUGAGGAGGUUGAGAAUGCUAUCCUAGGCAAAAAGCCAGAAGUAGCUAGCAUGACUCUUGGACUGAUGAAUAAGCCAGUUAUGCCAAAGAGGAACCAAAGAGUUGAUGAAGCAAAGGAAGGAGGCACUACUGUUGACGAUUUUGAGCCAGACGUCCUUACUAACCAACUAAACGUAGGAGAAGAGCUUAUCGAAGAUACUGACAAUGAUAUUAUGCUUACUGAAGAAUAUCUUAUGACUAAGACUAGAUGGCCAGAGAGAAGUAAGCUAUAUGGCCAUGCUUUCGAGAUCCACUGUGUAGCCACUACUAAAGCAGGCGAUUAUAUUGUGACAGCAGCAAGAUCAAAGCAGAAGAAAUACUCUAAUAUUUUUGUCUGGACUGUUGAAUCACUGAAUCCUAUUUGCCAAAUCCCAGUUCAUGAUUUUACUAUACAUCAGAUGGAGUUUUCUCCUGAUGAUAAGUAUCUUCUCUGUGUGUCAAGAGACAGACAGUUCUCUGUACUAGAAAGAAGUGGUAACUUAGAGGAGCCUUUUAAGAUAGUUCAGGUUCAGAAGCAGGCUCAUAAGAGAAUCCUCUGGUGCUGCUCAUGGGCUCAUAAUUCCAAAUAUUUUGCAACUGGCUCAAGAGAGAAAGUCAACUCUUUGAAGUUCUGGGAAUACUGUGAAGAGAAGAACCAAUGGGCGGAAGAAUCCAAGAUUGAAAAGGGACUAAAUAAUGUUACCUCUGUAGCUUUCUUCCCAGGUUUUCUGAAUUUAGGAUCUCCUUCCUUCGGUGUUGUGGUUGGGGUAGACUCUGGAGAGCUUUCAAUUUGGACUAGAGAGGUUGAAUCAAGCAUAAAAGAAUGGACCUUAGCUUAUAAAUUCCCUGAAUUUUUAAGCCACUCUCUAACUGUAAGAAGAAUCAAAUUCAAGCAGGAAGCAACUACUGAAUCAGGAGAGUACGAAGUUGCAACCUGCUCAAAUGAUGCUACAGUCAGGAUCUUCAAACUUUGCCCUACAGUUGCUUCUUAAGUUUGAUUAAUUGUAAACCCAUCA